GGACCCUUGUUUUAAUCAAAUAAACAGCCGUAGAAAACUAUCCUUAGCUAUCCCCUUUUCAAAUUUCCCUACUGCUUGUAUACCCAUAAUUCAAUUACUCGCGUAUGGAAGUAGAACAUUCAUUGUCGCUGGAACUAGAGGCUCGACAGCAAGAUGAGGUCAAUAGCAUCGCAUCGAUCUAUGGGGAUAUAUACACUGAUCUCACGCCAAAGGGACUUGUUUGGAAUAAGAAACCGUCCCCUCAUUUUCAGGUCUAUUUAGAGUCCUCUGAAUGUGAAGAUAGACCUACUAUAUCUUUAAUUGUGGAUGUGGAAUUCACUUCAACUUACCCGUUGUCCUCACCAAAGGUUACGUUACUAUCCCCGAAAAAUAUCUUAAAGGGUAGACUUCAGAAACUUAAAACUCGUGUGGCAGAUUUGCUUAAGGAAUAUGCAGAGGAGGAAGUUUCCUUUGUGGUGAUAUCUGAUCUCAAGGAAAUGUUGGACGAAUUCCAACUGACAACAGAGGUGGUGCUAUCGUUGGAAGAAGAAAGAGAACUCAGAUUAAAGAACGAACAAUUGAAAUUGGAGGCAAAGGAAAGAGAAAGAGAAAGAGAAUUGGAAAUUGCCCGGAAGAAACAAAAUGAAGAAUUGAACGCCCAAAUCCUGAGGAUACGAGGUGAAUAUUUCGGAGAAGAUGAAGAAUAUGACGACGAAGAUGAUGAAUCUAAAAGAGAGCAAAAUGGAGGAAAUGAAGAUAGUAGUUUGGCUCAAGUUGUAAACUCUGCAGACCAUUUUGUCUUCGCUAAUACAAUGUCCUUCCAAUGUCAAGGGAAGUCAAUUAAAUUUAGAGUUGUACUGAAGCUUUCUGACUAUUCCAGAAUCGAUGCACUCUCUAGUGUCAGCAAACAAUAUGUGGUGUCACCACAUCUCUCUAAUGAAAUUCGUAAGACGUGCAGUGUGACAACUGAAUUCUUAUUUACAGAAGUUGAGCUAUCCCAUCCUCACUGGAUGACCGAGGGAGGUAAAAAGGAAAUACAGGAUUUGGAAACAGAACUUCAAUCGGUCAUGGAACUUUCCCACGAUAAUAUAAAUUGUUUGGUUGGAUUCCAAAUUGAUACAACUGACGAUAACACCUCGAAAAAGGGCUCGUCCUGGAUCAUCCGAAUCCUUACUGAUUAUACUCCGUAUGGCGAACUGUUGAGAGAUAUGCUUGCAACCACCACUACGGGCCGGGUCAAUUGGGCAUUGGCACGUACCUGGCUUAUACAGUUGUUACCAGCAUUGGAGUAUCUUCAGAAUGCCGGGGUUGUUCAUAAGUUAAUCUGUCCAAUGACGGUAAGCUUGGUGACCCCAGGUGAGAAACUAAAACUUUGUCACACUUCUUAUGGAUAUACGCUAUUAAAGAUGAUAGAAAGAUAUCCAUAUGGAGAUCAACAGCUAGUCUUAAGUCCAUCCGGUACACCUCCAGCUUGGAAAGCUCCUGAAUUAUCAGAGGGUUUGAAAUAUCUGCUCAAAACUGAUGUAUGGGAUCUAGGUGUACUCUUUACCAGAGUAAUGCUUGGGUACAAUGUAUUAAAUACUGUAUUCAAGACACCAGAGGAAUUUUUCAGUAAUUUCAAAAGUAUAGAGAAAGACCAAUAUUCAAAUUCUGUAUUUGACUUGUUAUCAAAAAUGUUACAGCAAAAACCAGGAAGACGGCCAAGUCCAAUGGAAUUCAAUGCAGUGAAAUUUUUGAGAGAUGGUCCAUUGGACUUAGAUGGCGGGCCAUUUGUUAGCGCACUUGGAGGAGUAGCUACCACCAAUGGGGUGUUAGGUGCACUUCACUCGUCAAGAAUUCCAGCGGGAGGGAUGGACCGACCAAGAAGAAACUCAUUGCAUUACUUUGAUCCAAAUUCUACGACAUAUAAUCCAAACAUGGGUAGAUAUGAAAGAGAUUUCGAAGAAGUUGGUAAGCUUGGAAAGGGUGGAUUUGGUGAGGUUGUCAAGGCUAGAAAUAGAAUCGAAGGUACGUUCUACGCCAUAAAAAAGAUUAAGCAUAGAGCCCAUAAACUAGAUUCUCUCUUGAGCGAAGUCUUAUCAUUGGCCAGGUUAAACCAUCAAUAUAUCGUUCGGUAUUAUGGUACUUGGGUUGAAGAAAAGACUGAAGACCCCAAGGGAAGACAGGAGUUGGAUGAUUCAUCAUCCUCAUCAGAGGAUGACUUUACGGACGAAUUCUCGGAUCAACUAGAGGAAGAUCCAUUUACAUUCUCUGCUAGAUCCGAUGAUCCUUUCACAUUUUCAGCAAAAUCUUCAUCAUUUUUGGCUUCUCGUGAUAAUUCCUUCCAAGUUGACUUUGUUUCAAAUGAUCCUCAGAUUGAAUUUGGAUAUUCUACAGACGAAGAAGGAAACAACGAAACGGAAGAGAAUGAAGAUGAAACUGAUUCUGCUACUUCUUCCAGCGUGGACACCCUGAGUUCGGCUAAAAAGUCUACUGGAAGUCGAAAUGACCAGAAUAAAUCUUCGGUUAUCUCGAUUCUUUAUAUUCAAAUGGAAUUUUGUGAAAACAAUACACUCCAAAAUAUCAUUGAACAAGGCCUUCCGCAAAAUCCCAAUGAAUAUUGGCGACUUUUCCGUCAAUUAUUGGAAGCUGUUUCCUAUAUCCACAGAGAGGGAUUUAUUCACAGAGAUCUUAAGCCCAUGAAUAUCUUUAUUGAUAAAUCGAAUAACAUUAAAGUUGGUGACUUUGGUCUUGCAAAGAAUUCUCAGUUUUCAUCUGCCGUCGUACUGACCAGCAAUCAGGUUGAGCCUGCUAAGAAUAAAGAUUGGUCCACAGUUGUUGGUACUGUUUUCUACACUGCGAAGGAAGUUGCAACUGGUGAUUAUGAUGAAAAGGUGGAUAUGUACGCAUUGGGGAUUAUUUUCUUUGAAAUGUGUUAUGCAUUGGGAACUGGAAUGGAGCGUGCUCAAACCUUAAAUGGGCUUCGUCUUGCAAGUGUUGAAUUCCCACUGCUGUGGAAAAAACAACAACACGAAGAACGGAAAAUUAUACGUUUGUUAUUAGAUCAUGACCCCAAGGCUAGACCUGGUGCUUCUGAAUUGUUACUGAGUGGGUGGUUACCGGUUGAGCAUCAAGAUCAUAUAAUUAAGGAAGCAUUGCGAUCAUUAGCUGACCCAGCAUCUCCAUGGCAGCUGCAGGUGAGAGAGACUCUUUUUCAACAGCCAUAUGUACUUGCUAGGGACUUGAUGUUUGACGCGGAUGCUCAACAGCUGAAUAGGUCAGGUAUUUCGGGGCGCUUAAAGAAGACCGCCCUGUCUGGGUCUGACAAUCUCAUUUUUGAUCGCAUGGUUGAUCAACUUCGUCAAAUUUUCCGCCGCCACGGAGCUCUUGAAGAUAUCUGUGAUACGAAUGUACUUUUCCCAAAGCUGCCCUUCUAUACCAGGGAAAAUGUUUAUGAAAUUUUAGAUAAAAGUGGAUCAUUGUUGCAAUUGCCCUAUGAUCUCACAUUACCUCUUGCACGUUAUUUGUCGAAAACCAAUGUUCCAUUUGCUAAAUCUUUUAAAAAUGGAUUUGUUUACCGUCCAGGUAGACGUCCAGGUCUGAUGCCAGACAAGUAUAGUGCGGUAACCUUUGAUAUUGCUACACAUGACCCGAUGAUGAAACCUAUUCAUGACGCAGAAUGUUUGAAGGUUGCAGAUGAAAUUGUGCGUCAAUUCCCAAAGAAGCUGAAAAAAUUAGGUGAGACAGCAAUCAUCAUUAUAAUUAAUCAUUCUGAUAUUAUCAACUCUAUAAUUAACUUCCUGUUUGAAAAUGUUGGAAUUGAUGAGCGCAAAAGAGCUGAAGUUAUUGGUAUUCUCUCACAAUUGGGAAUUGAAACCGAGCCUGAAGAAGUAAGACGAAGCUUACGUGAAGAUGCAAGAGUGCCGCAUACUGUUACCAAAGAUUUGAUUGACCGAUUCGACUUUGUUGUGAGUCCUGAAGUCGCUAAGGCAAAGCUUCACAAGGCAAUGUUGGACUCCCCUCAUUUUGCGAAGGUGGACAGAGCUCUAACGUACAUUGCGGAAGUACUUCAGAUAUUCCAUAAAUUAGGUGGUACAACACCAGUACUUUUCUCUCCAUUGAGUAACUAUAAUACCAAGUAUUAUCGUGGAGGUCUUAUGUUCCAGGCAGUACAUCGUGUCGACAAACUGCUGAGACGUAAAGCUAGAAUUAUUCUGGGAGGUCGCUAUGACAGUCUUAUUGAGACGUUUGCUAAUAAAGAUAUGGUCAAGUCUGUAACCCCUCAUGCAGUUGGAUUUCAACUAUCGUCAAACUUCUUGUUUCUAUUAUUGAAAAAGAACUUACAUAUUAUCAAGGGAGAGUCAAUGACUUCGCAUUCAUUGGGAGGCUCUAGAUGUAGCGUAUUGAUCUCGUCCCUUAAUGCUGCGUAUGCGAAGGAUUCAGGUUGUGAAAUAGUUCGUGCUUUAUGGAACCAUGAUAUCUCGUCUGAUAUAUAUGUUCUGCCUCUGUCUUCAUCAGCAACUCUAGAGGAUAUAUUGGACCAUGCACAUGCAGAUGGUGCAAAUUGGGUGGUAUUAAUUAAGAACCCUCAUACCAUCAAAAAGAAGAAGAACAAGCGUGGGACAGCACCUGGUGGAUUUAAACCAUUAAGAGUUAAAAACUUGAGUACCAAUAAGGAUGUUGAUGUCGAUUAUGAAGAGGUUGUAGAUUACAUCAAGCAGGAGAUUGAUGAACGUCAUAAUGAAGAAGAUGCUUCUACUACUGCCAAUACUGUGAACUCUCUUGAUGAUAACUCUCCAUCAGAAGAUAUGUCACAUUCCAACUCUGGGGAUACCAACAAUGACAACGCCCUUUUAAAAGAAGAUAUUGCACUUGGCCCACUCUUUUCCACUGAAAUAUCGCAAAAGGUUUCAGUGGUACCAAACGAUGCCCCAAGGGGUCGUAAGAAUAAACGAGAAAAAUGGGAAUCUGAAAAUGAUGCCAAAAUAGCUGGUGCUACCCUCAUCAAGCAAUUGGCCCUAGGACCUGUUAUUUCUGUGGAUGCACGAGAAGAAGUCUUAGAGAUGAUUCUGAUGAUAUCUCUAAAGCAACAAGAUGAAUGGAUAAGAAAGGUCAUUUUCUCGUCGUCCAAUUUACCCAAGAGUUUUGCCAUUAAUAUAUACAACACAUUGGUUAAAGAAGCUGCUAGAGGUACAAAGUGGGUAAUCUUACAUGCGCCAAGAACGCAAAAGACCACUAUCGUUGAUCUUGAAAGAUAAUUCUACGUAUAUGCCAAAUUAAAUAAUAAAUAAUAACUAAUAAUACUAGAACUUGUAACAAAACCAUGGGUUUAGCACAAAUGUUGCAUGGCAAUUUUGUUCUUUAUUUGUCUAUAAAACUUU